CCGCGCAGGGACUUGUGGGAUAGCCGGUUUCCAACAUGGCGUUGCAGUGUCAGCAGAACAGUUACCUCACGGAAUUUUCCAGCAAAGUUGUGUCCUGUAAUCCUGGCCAGCUGGUCAUCUCCAAGAAAAAAAAGCAACCAGGUUAUGAGGUCAUAUUGGAAGAUACCAUUCUGUUCCCGGAGGGGGGAGGCCAGCCAGAUGACAGAGGAAAGAUCAAUGAUGUAGAUGUCAUUAGGGUGACAAGGAGACAGAACCAAGCUGUCCACUUUGUAGAGACUCCCCUUGAGGUGGGGUCAGAGGUCAAGAUGGAAGUGGACUGGACAAGGAGGUUUGACCACAUGCAACAGCACUCUGGUCAGCAUUUGAUUACCGCCAUUGCAGAGGCAAAAUACGGAUGUAAGACAACGUCAUGGGAGCUUGGCAGUAAAGUUUCCUCCAUUGAGAUGGACACUCCCAGCAUAACAAAAGAACAGUUAUCUGAGCUGGAGAAGGAGGUGAAUGCUUGUAUCAGGAGACAGAUCCCCAUGACACCACGUCUGUUGGAACCUGGGUCUCCUGAACUGGAACAGGUGCGGUCCCGAGGUUUGCCUGAUGACCACAUCGGUCCUGUACGUGUUGUUGAGAUUGAGGGUAUUGACCACAACACCUGCUGCGGAACCCACGUGUCCAACCUCGCUCAUCUUCAGGCUAUCAAGCUGCUGUCAGCAGAAAAAGGGAAGAAAGGAAAGACAAAUGUGAUGUUUGUGGCUGGAAACAGGGUGUUGGACUAUGUAGGGAGGGCCUACGACAGAGAGAAGAGCCUGACUGGCAUUCUCAAAUGUCCUCCAGAAGAGCAUGUUGAGAUGGCAGACAAGCUACAGAAAUCUCUAAGGAUGUCAAACAAGACAUGUACAGGUCUACUCAGAGAUGUUGCUGUAUUAGAAGCACAGAGAUACAAGAGUCAGCCUAACAGAGACCCAGUCUUCUGUCUGCACAGGAAAGAGGGAGACAGUGAGUUCAUGAACAUCAUUGCAAAUGAGAUUGGAAAUGAGAAUGCCCUGGUCUUGCUGUCAGUUGGAGAUGAGAAAGGGGCGGGGACGUUCCUGUUGUCUGGACCAGCUGAUGUGGUGGAGGCUGUAGGACCAAAGGUUGCCGAAGUGUUGGAAGGGAAAGGAGCUGCCAAGAGAGGAAGGUUCCAAGGAAAAGUAACCAAGCUGGCCAACCUUAAGAUGGCAGAGGAGGUCUUAAGAGAACACUUUAAGACUCAACAAGCAGCAUAAAACAUAACAUAAAGGAUAACAUAAAACACAUUAACUCAGGGGCACAGAUGUGGACUCAAAAUGUUUUACAGAAUUGGAAAGAUCUACUUUUGAAUGGAAAAUUACCUUGAUAGUUUUUUUGAGCAUUUGUUCUGGCUUUACACCAAAAAAAAAUUCUGACUUUCAUAAUGCUUUGAUGUCUUUGUACAAGUAUAUUUGCAAGGUAAAGCUAAAUCAGUAACGUAAGUAUCACCCUCUAUUAAUUAACUUUAUGCAUGGUACGUUUUCUGUAAUGCAAUGUGGAUCUUCCACAAAUCAUGGGUCACUUCUAAUAUUACCUUUAUGUACAGAGGUUCAUAUGUUUGUGUGUCUGCAUGUGUGUUUCCAUAGUAAUCAAUCUCCAGGUAUUAUAAUACAUCAAUUUUUCAGCGAUAUGUAUGUUUGUUGCUUUAUGUGAGCCAGUAGGCAAAUGCAAAGACAGUGAGAAAUGCAUGAUAAGGAAUAAACUGAGAAAUUCAUAAAAAGUCAAGGAGGUAUAAAAUCUUUGAUUUCAUGUUAAUAAGUUUGUUGGGUUCAUUAAUAUGCAGAGGCUAGCACAAGCGUGAGGCUCCCCCAUAAAUGUACAUUUAAAAUCUAUUGUCGAUACAUUUACAAUUAGACAUUUGUGCCAUAAAAUGGUAGACAAGGUUGACAUGUACAAGUCCAUUUUAGAAAUGACAAUGACCAAGAAAUGGAGUGACACAUCUUUAUUCCUGGACCACUUUUUUUACUGCAAAACUCCUGGCUCUUUCUAAACAAGUGGUUGUGAAUAAAGAACUUUGCUAUUCAGUCAUUCACCAAACCGAGGAAAUUAUUCACAAAUUCCUAUUCCAGUCAACUGCCGUUGAUCAUGAGGUCUAACCAACAGGCAAACGUUGCAAGAUAUCAACCAUCUCCUCCAGCUACAUAAUAACAUUAAACAAAACAAGCACACUCCCUUUUCUGCUGUAAAUUCUUCCACCCAUGCAGUGAUAACAUAUGAUGGCUACUGUCUGUCUCCAGCUGCCAAAAUCAUUAAAGACAUCCAAUGCAAUUUCAGGGGAAGCCCAACUGAAUUCUUAAAGUCAACUUAUUGGCCAUUGUUUUAUUGUAGUAAUUUGAAUUGAGCCCCAUCCCAUAGUAUACUGAUAUCUGUGGCAUAAAAACGGAAAACGGUUGCUAAUUUUGUAUCAUAGGCUCGUUCUAGCUAUUUAUAAGUUUUCCCAAAAAAGAUGCGCCUCAGGUACAAUGUAGCUAAUGUUCUUGGGCUAUUUCAAACACUUUGAGUAUGAAAUGAUAAGGAAAAUGUACUUAUAAAUGACAGUAACUGUAAAUAUCAGACAGACUUUCUCAACCACUAUAUUUUUGUUUUGCCCCAGAUUAUUUUCAACAUUACAAAUCUAUACAUGUAUCUCAGUAUUAAAUGACACCCAAAACCAUUUCUUAAGCCAAGAGCUGUAUAAUAUUACCAAGUAAAAAACGUUAAGGAAACACUACCAGGUCCUGUAUCCUUGAUUCAAGGACUAGGAUCCACAACCAGGACAUUAUAAUGUUAACACAUUUUAUUUUUAAGAGGAGAUUCCAAAGCAAUCCUUGGAUAUAAAAAAAGACAUAUCAAAAAUA